CAAGUGCCGAGAAUUUUCGCAUUCAGCUGAUUUGUUGUCCACCCAUGGAUCCCAUGAGGCAGCAUCGUAAAACUUCCAAUAGUCGGGCUUAAAUAUCGCUUCUAUCCCUCGUCAUCUUCUGCGCAAACCGCAGAAUCUCAACAAAACAUCAACAGUAUUAAAAAGAUGGAACAACCAGUCCAGAUCCUCUCAUUCAAUCGCGUCAAAUCAAACAGCACGUUCACUAUAUCUGUCCAUCACGGGGAUGGUACCGUAACCCCCCUCUACGAAGUUCUGGCAUCGAAUCUAGAACCAAACCUCACGAUUUCUCGUCUACAAUCCGUAUACGCUCCUCCACAACAGCUUCCUCCAAUUCCGAGCCAACAUAGCUAUGGAUAUGCACCGCCGGCACAACCAAGCCCGUACCCAUUCCAACAACAGCAACCUCAUCAAUAUCAAACGACCUACUUUCCCCAGCAAUAUCAACCCCAACAACCACUACAACCACAGCCACAGCAAUAUCACCCAUACCAAAUGCCAACUCCCCCUCAACAAACCAGAACACCAAUCGGCAAUGUAACUCUCUCCUCCUCAAUGUCCUCCAAAAUCACCUUCUCAGUCCACAACCAAACAGACCUCAAAUUGAAACGCCCAGACUUAUUCUCUAGCGCUCAUCAAUUUACUCAUCCCCGCUAUGGCACUCUUUCCUGGAAAGAAAGCGAUCUACACGACAAAAAGUACAAGCUUUUGGACUCGAAUAAGAAUGUACUGGCCCGGUUUGACAAGUACAAGCCAGCAGGCCAGACAACCAUUUCGUCCUUUUGGCAAUCGUCCAAACAUGGGAAGGGCUGGGUUUUUUCGAUCUAUGUGAAUGCGGAUCCGGAAUUCUUGGACUGGAUCAUGGUCACGGGGUUAGGAGUGGUUGAGUAUCGGAUUACGAGUGAUCGGGCGUGGGGGGAGGCGCUUGUUGAGGGGAUAGACUCAGGCGUUUGAUAGGAUAGUUGAUAGGUUUCUUUCAUUUGCGAAUAUUGAAUUGAAGGAGGUAAAACGUCUUGUACCUUUGAGUAUCGAAUGUGAGUUAAGGGUCGCAUCACAAACACUCGCCAGGAUUGAAACCAGAAGCUAUUUUAAACCCCAAG